GAGGAAUUAUUUCCGACGACGUGUUUCGUCGGUAUGUCGUCGGAAUAACGAUAUUCCGACGAAAUUCCGACGAUUUUUUCCCUCAGAAUCCUUGAUGUUUUCUUGUAGUGAUAGUAAGGCUCUCCUAAACAUGCAUCACUGAAUCAUCCACCCCAAUCGCAACAAGUGUCUCUCUCUCUCGUCCCUUCUCUCUCUUCCUCGGAAUCAAUAACAGUAAAAAAGAUGAGAAUGACAAGAGAUGGAAAAGACCAGGAGUACAAGAAAGGUUUAUGGACAGUGGAAGAAGACAAGAUCCUCAUGGAUUAUGUCCGAACUCACGGCCAAGGCCAUUGGAACCGCAUCGCCAAGAAGACAAGGCUCAAGAGAUGUGGGAAAAGCUGUAGAUUAAGAUGGAUGAACUACUUAAGCCCUAGUGUAAACAGAGGCAAUUUCACUGACCAAGAAGAAGACCUCAUCAUCAGACUCCACAAGCUCCUCGGCAACAGAUGGUCGUUGAUAGCGAAAAGAGAACCGGGAAGAACAGACAACCCGGUAAAGAAUUAUUGGAACACUCAUCUUAGCAAGAAACUCGCUCUCGGAGAUCAUACAUAUGCGGCCAAACUGGCCUGCGACACAGAGACUCCAGAGUCUUUGGUUAUCACAACAACCAAAACUUCUUCACAACCGUCUUUGGUCGUCACAACAACUACAACUUCUCCGUCUCAUCAAGAUGUUUCUCCGUCUCAUCAAGAUGUUGGUGAUGAAAUUUCAACUUUAAGAUUUGACACUACGGACGACGAUUCCAAACUCAAUAAAUCCAAACCGGUCUAUUCAAUACAACCCGACGUCGAAGUUGCAGCUACCAUUCCAAAUCUGUUCGACACUUUUUGGGUUCUUGAAGACAACUUCGACCUUAGUUCACUCACAAUGAUGGAUUUCGCAAAUGGGUAUUGCCUCUGAAUAUCGUUAUGAGGCUUCUAAGAUAUAAUUAUAAGAAUAAGAAUAUUUAUGAAUGCAAUUCAUUUUCUAUGUUUCUAUAGUUUUCUACUUCUUCUGUGAGAAGGAUGCAUGAUCAGAUGAUAAAGAAAUUAUAAAAAAAAAUGAUUUGGUUAUUCCCUAGUGUGACCAGAUUAAAUCAUAUUAAUAUAAAAUUUAUAUAAUUACUUUAUAGCUUUACAUUGUGUACUUCAUUCAUUAGCUUUCAUAUAAUCUUUGGCUUAACUUGUUGUUUUGGUUAAGAAAAUGAAGUGAUAAGUUGAUAAGCGGCUUUGUCGGCUAUUAAUACUAUACCUGUUCUUUAACAAACAAAAGAAGAAUACUACAUUUGGUUUUUGUCUGUCCAAAUUUACAGGUUGUUUCUGAAAACAACAUUCCCUGGACAGCUCUAUCAUAGACAACAUAUAUUAUAUAUAUAUAUUUUUUUUUUGACAGCAAACAAUGUACAGACUCAUAUUGACUCUGAGAAAACAUAUAAUAUUAUCAUAUUAUUAUACAGAUAAUAUAUUUAA